AUGUCAAUGUAUCCCUGGCAUGGCUCCACGAACAAUGCCGCCGCCGCCUCUUCUGGACCUCGCAUCGACUCCCCCUCCUCCACUACUCAAUCCUCCCUACAAGUGCCUGGUUUACGAUGGCUCCCGUCUAUGAUAUCGCGCGCAACACCUCUUCCCACCUUGUCUUCUUCCAAUCUUCGUAUAGCCCAGCAACAACAGCAGCAGCAGCAGCAGCAACAACAGCACCCAUCGCCGCAGCCUUCCCAAACACCACCGCAGCCGCAGCCGCAAACUGCCCUCUCCCAUCCUCAUACCCAUUCCCAUCCACACAAUCACCAACCAGCACGCCCGCAAACCCGUCAACCUGGACCAGCCGUUAUCGAUUCGCGAUCACAACAACCACUGACUGAGACCCUUGAAAGCGAAGCUAGUGACCAUACGGAUCCCGGUGCGCGCGACCCCACCCACGCCGACGCUCUCGCAGAUCCCGAUUACGGCACAUCUCCCGAUAAUCUGGCUGGAACGAAUAUUUCCCGACAGUCCGGACAUAGACCUACAACUACCGCCGGGGUUAUGCCUAACGGCACCGCGGCUAAUCGAGCCGCACUCCAUGCAGCAGCAGCCAGUGUCGUUAGACCCUAUCCAAUGGAAGACCAUGACGACGAUCCCGAUGGCGCGCCAAACGGCGAUCGGUCGCGCAAGCACGGAAAACGAUUGACCACCCUGGAAGAAGUCUCGUUGUUCAACAUCUGCAACCGGCAUGCGAGCGAAUUCGGACAGCGCAGUAACCUCUGUAAAUGGUGGAUGACUGUUACAGAAGAGUUCACCCAGGACCAGGGUCAUCCAUACUCGUGGCAUUCGGUACGCCGUAAGGUGGAACUGGUUACAAAACAGCGGAUGAAGUUCCUCGACGAGCAGCGCGACAAGGGUGCGGACGCGAGCGAAGACCUGUCGAAUCCCCGGUGGCGGGCAGCAGUGGACGCAUGGAUUCCUACAUGGAGGAGGUGGGAGGACGCAGAGGCCCGGCGGAUCGAGAAGCGCGAUUCGCGCAAACCGAGGAAGAGGAAAGAUCGGCCAUGGGAUACAUGGACUAUGAGUCCCAGUGACGAGUGGAAGGGUACAGCAAGCCCGCUUCCUACUGUCAGUCAGCACCAACCUGGACCAGUGACUCCUGUUUCGCAGAGCACAGUGCGACUACCCCCAGGGUUCGAUAGUAUGUUUUCGAAUCAAGGACUACAGACCCCAUCUCCGGCGAUUAGUGUGCCGGAUGGGCUUGCGACACAACAGCGGGCAACGCCUUCCUCCACUCCAGCAGCAGCAGCAGCAGCAGCAACCACAAAUAUUCCACCAUCAGGGACGGAUAAUUCUAUGAUGAGCGCUAUGCUGGAGACACUGGGAAAACUGAAUCGUCACCUCGACUCGGUCAAUACCCAGCCUACCUCAUCUGCGCCCAAGAAACCGACGUCACCCUCCAGAUCCCGUGCUCGCGAACAGCGCCAGGACGCUCAAUCAGCGGAACUCAACACAGCUACACAUGAUCCCCCUCCUGCGUCCGUCGCACAACCCGGACUCACGCACCUAUCUUCCGACUUCAUCAACAAACUUAAAGAUGAACUCCGACAGGAAAUGCGCGCUGAAGUGCGUGCCGAGCUAGAAAAAGAUCGAGCCACACUUGAAGAGAAACUGGACUCGGUGCAGCGGACGCAGGAAAUGAUCCUUGAAAUGUUGAGACAGGAGCCUGCUUGA